GUUUCCAUGGAAUCAUUAACCUUAUCAACGGUGCUAAUGAAAGAUAUGCUCAAAAAACUAGGCCAUCAAUUCCAACAACAACAUGAAAUUGAUGCUUCUUCUCCAUUAUCACCACAAAAUCAACAAAUUGAUAUGAGAAAAUUAAAUGAUAAUUUUACUAAGUUGAAAACUGAUUUAAUUCCAGUUAUUAGAUUACUAAAGGAUUCAAAACCCUUGCCAACACCUACCCUAGACCCUGGUCCUGCAGCAGCUAUAAAUAUGGACUCCCCAACUUAUUCUAUUCUGAGUAAUCAUUCUAAUCAUUCACUCGAUCCUGUCACUGAUCAUUUCCCUUCAACAAAUCAUCAUCAUCCUGGUCCUCCUCCAUCAAGACAUGAUAUCUCCAGAAGCAAUAGUGUAAGUACUAGUAGUCAAGCUAGAAACUCAAGUUUACCAAGUCCUACCUAUUCUAACCGAUUCUCUCUGGGAUCUUUAUUGUCCAUGGGGACUGGUAAAAUAAUUCUGCAGUCAAUAACCAAGCCGGACAUGUCUUCUGGUAGUUCCAGGCCCGAAUUAAUUAUUCACAAAGUGAGUAAUAAUGCUAAUAACUUGGCAAGAUCAGUUAAUGGCCGGCCAAAAUUGGUGGAAAGUAAAUCUGCUAAUGCUGCUGCAACCAUCUCUAGUAAUAAUCAUAAUAUUUUAAGUGACGAAGAUGUCAACUCUUUAACUGGAAACUCAAAUGAUGAUGGUGGUGCUCCGAAACCUAUGUUGAGACUGCGUGGCUCGCUGUCUUCUACGCAUACAGUCUCAACAGCAGGAACUUUAACUUCUCCAAAUGAAAAUAGUUCCGGUAACCAUAAACUUCAAAGUCAUUCAUCUCAGCCAUACUUACAACAAACCUAUCAACAACAACAACAGCAACAGCAGCAGCAACAGCAACAACAACAACAACAACAACAACAACAACAACAACANCAACAGCAGCAACAACCACAAGCACAAACCCAAGCCCCACCAUCUACUGAACCAUUGAAACAGCUUCGUGCUUCUUCUGAAGAUUCAUGUCGUAAGAUUCUUCAACAGGCGAUGAAAAGACACCAUAUACCCGAACACGAUUGGUCCAAGUACGUUUUGGUCAUUUGCUAUGGAGAUAAAGAAAGAAUCUUAAAAUUAGAUGAGAGACCAGUUAUAAUAUUCAAAGAAUUACAGGAAUUGGGUAAACAUCCUGCCAUCAUGCUUCGUAUGUUAGCGAACAUGAACGAAAAUGAAACAGACGAAGAUGAUAGUAGCGACCCUUACGAGAACUCAAGAAUCGGAGACGAUAUCCCUGGUGGAACUCUAUAGUGAAAAACAAAUUGAUAAUAGUUUUCCUUUUCAUCUUUCGUUUUCUUUGUAUUAAACUAUUGUGCAUUCAAUUCUUCUAUGUUAUUACUUUAUUUCUUUUCGCAAAGAUAUACAACUGAUAGUCACUGUAUAGUUUUCAUAGACUUCAAUGGAUUUAGC